AUGAACCACGCCCACCUCUUCGACUUCCACGCGCUCUUCCCGUCGUCGUUAUCCAGCUCCGCCCAGUGGCGGAGCUGGUAUACAAUGAUUGGAUUCGCCACUGGCUCCGCCAACGCGCUCGCGAUCCCGGCCUUCCAUGUCGACGCGCCGUCAUUCAUGUUCGAGGCGCCAGCGGCGGUGGCCGGGUGGGACGACGAGGACGAGGACGAGCUGGAUAAACAGAGAGUGGACGCCUCCUUCUUGGGGCUCUCAGCCUCGCUGGAGAACCUCAUGGCGGAGCGGCGCCGCAGGAAGAAGCUCAAUAACUGCCUCUACAUGCUGCGCUCCGUCGUGCCCAAGAUCAGCAAGGUGGAUAGAGCUUCAAUUCUUGGUGAUUCAAUUGAUUACCUGAAGGAGCUCCUGCAGAGGAUCAACGAUCUUUACAACGAGCUGGAGUCUGCUCCUAGCUGUGCCCUUGCUGCUGGACCAGCAGCAGCUAACUUCCACCCCUCCACACCCACGCUGCAGCCAUUUCCCAGCCGCCCGGCCUCGUUUCCUAGUCCCAGUGGCCAGCAGGGAACGGUUGAGGUGAGGACGUGGGAAGGGCAGGCAGUAAACAUCCACAUGUUCUGCGCGCGAAGGCCGGGCAUCCUGCUGUCCACCAUGAAGGCCCUUGACAGCCUCGGCCUUGACAUCGAGGAGGCGGUCAUCAGCUGCUUCGAUGGGUUUGCGAUGGAUGUCUUCCGCGCCAAGCAAAGGAGGCAUCCUGGGCUCUUGCCUGGAGAAAUUAAGGCCGUGCUCCUACGUUGUGCUGGUCUCCGACGGACCCCUGUGCUGGUCUGCGACGGACCCCCAUUAGUGAUCAACUGA